UUUGUGUGUGUAUGUGUGGGACUGAAAUGUCAUCUGCUGACAUCCCAGUCAGUAUGACUGACAUGAUGACAGUCAUCAUAUCAGUGACAGUCAGUCACGUCAGCGACAACAAGGGUCAAUGAGGAGUGCCAUUUGAAGAAAGACUGUACGCCGGCAGGUCCCGACUCCCCGAGUCCCUAAGUUCACAACUGUGGACACAGACAGACAACAAACAGUCUCAGGCCGCGGGUUGUUGGCGGCCCGCCCACCUCGCUUAUUUUUAGUUAUUGGUGUCCGGUGUUGUGUUGUACUGCAGUUAUACAAACAAACUGACUGCUCUGGUAUACUCUUUCGUGUCACUGAAACAGACAGGAAACUCAGGAAAUACAAAAAAACUUGAUAACUGUGAAGUGCAAUGCAAUGAUGGAAGAGAAGGAAGUGGACAUCUACCGGGACACUCCUGUCCGUCUGUUAGGUUAUGCCAAUGAGGUGGGGGAGUCCUUCCGAGCCUUGACUCCGCUGUGGUUUGUAAGGUCCACAUAUGGAGUUGCUUCAGCUUAUGUUGUUGCUGACACGUAUGACAAGGCCACCAAGAUGAGUAAGCAACCUGGCUCCACGCAGCGUGCGGUGACACACGCAGCAGUGGACACCCUCUUGUGGCAGGCACUGGCCUCCGUCAUAGUGCCGGGAUUCACCAUCAACAGGGUGUGUGCUGCCUCGCUGGUAGUGCUGGCAAAGGCAUUACCUGCAGUUCCUCUCAAUACUCGCAAGUGGGUUACCACAGCACUAGGUCUGGGGUGCAUUCCCUUCAUCGUCCACCCUAUAGAUACAGGUGUGCACUGGGCCAUGGACCGCUCUGUAAGAAAAUACCUAGAUCUGUCAGAACAACCUCAGAAAUAAAAUCAAACAUUUACAUGUACCCAGCGCUGUCUCUCUUGUUAUGCAGUAAGUGCAAAAAAGAGUGAUAUCACAUCCAUGUUACACCAGUUAUUUAUUUGGCUGCUGAGAAGGCUCAAAAUGUAGGAAAAAUAUAUUUGUCCUUGAAUGUUUCCACACACAACCUUCUAAGGAAAGCUCCAUAACCUUAAGCUAUAAGUAGCUGCCCUUCACUGAAGAGCAGAGCUGAAUACCACUAACAAAUAAUGUCAUUUCCAUAAA